AUGGGUCGUGAUUUAUUCGGUAUAAAAUUCGGUGCUCAUUUAGCUGCUCAUCUUACACCAGAAUGGCGUUCUCAAUAUCUUCAAUAUGAAGCUAUGGUUGCUAUACUUUAUGCUGCUGUUGAUCGUGCUCCAUCUCAUGCUGAAACAACUCGUAAUCGUUAUUUUUCACGUAUUGAUGAACGUUUUUUUGCUUAUUGUAAUAAAGAACUUUUUAAAAUUAAUGUUUUUUUCGGUGAAAAAUUAUCUGAAAGUAUUCGUCGUUUUGAACAACUUCGUACAGAAUUAAAAUAUUUUAAAAAACAUUUAACAAUUAAUGAAUCUGAACAAACAAUAAUUCGACGAAGACGACAAUAUAGAAAAAUUCUUCGUUCAAAUUAUAAUCAUAUUAAUGAUUUAAAAUUAGCAUUUAGUGAACUUUAUUUAUUAUUAGUACUUUUACAAAAUUAUCAAACAUUAAAUUAUAUGGGUUUUAAAAAAAUUUUAACUAAACAUGAUAAAUUAUUUCAUAAAAUAAAUGGUAUUGAAUGGUUUAAAACAAAUAUUGAUUCAUCACCAUUUGUUAGUAAUCAACAAGUAUCAAAUUUAAUUGAUGAAGUUGAAAUAUUAGUUACUGAUCAUUUAGAAAAUGUAAAUAGAAAAAAAGCCAUGCAAAAAUUACGUGUACCACCUUUAACUCAUAUUCAUAAAGGAAUUGUUACUUAUAGUCUUGGUUUAUUAAACGGUCUUUUUAUUGUUUUAUUAAUUAAUUUAUUUGUAAUUCAUAUGUUAACACGUUAUUCAUAUGAAACAACAAAACAUAGAAAACCAAUCGAUUCGCAAACAGCUAUUAUUCUUUAUCGCUCAUCACUUAUUUUUAUUAUUCAUCUAAUAUUAAUUCGUAUUAAUAUAAUUGGUUGGUCAUCAUAUGGAAUAAAUCAUGUACUUAUAUUUGAACUUGAUCCAUGUUCUCAUAUAACACAUGAAGAAAUUCUUGAAGAAUCACAUUGGCAACCAAUGAUUUUUAUUUUUUUAAUUAUAUUUCUUCUUUUUAAUCCUUUAAAUAUAAUGCAUCGUUCAGCACGAUAUUGGUUUUGUAAAGAAUUAUUUCGAAUAUUUUCAGCACCAUUUCAUACAGUUACAUUUGCUGAUUUUUGGCUUGCUGAUCAAUUAACUAGUUUAGAUAUAAUUUUUUAUGAUUUUGAAUAUCUUAUUUGUUAUUUUGCUUUUGAUGCACAAUGGAUUAAAAAUCAAUCAAAAUAG